UCGACAUUCAAAAAAGAAAAUAGCACCGAAAAUAUAAAUCAAAAACAACUAAGACGGUUAAAAACUUUAAAAUCGACACGCACCUCACGCUUUAACUCACUGUGUCAACCGUUUUCGGCCUUAAAUGUUUAUUAAAAACAAUACACUUUUGAACAGCAGCAGCGGUGUUGGCGUUGGUAACGGCACUAGCAACGGCAGUGACAAUCUCGGUAUUGACAACAUCGGCGGUGUAGGUCUCGGCAGUGGUGGUGGUGGAGGAGGUGGUGGUGGUGUUGUAGCCGGUGACGGUCUGGGCGCUAACAGCGCAGCAGGCAGUCUCAGUAUCGCAAGCAGCAGCAGCGUCGGUGGUAGCAGCAACAGUAUCGGCAUCGGUGUCGGCGGAGGCGGCGGCGGCGGUGGUGGCAGCGCCGAAUUGCUCUACCCAAGUAGCAGCAGCAGUAGCAGUUCAAGCGCCAGUGGCCAAGCGAGCAGCGCUUGCAGUCAUAGCGGUAGUAGCAGCAGCGUCAGCGGAGGCAGUGCUGCACCAUUGAAUCCAACGCGGCGCUGCGGCACACAGACUGACAACAAUAAUAUCGGUAGCGGUAGACGCGGCCUCAACUUGAGCUUAUUACACAAUCACAGCAAUAGUUCGUCGUCGAGUAGUAGCAGCGGCAGCGGCAAUAACAACCAUAACAACAAUAACAAUAAUAGCAACCACAAUCACGGUAGCAACACCAACACGAGCACUAGCGGUGGCAUUGGCUUGUUAGUUGGGCACAGUGUUGGGGGUAUUGUCGGCAGCGGCCGGCGUUUAAUUGGCGGUCUUGGUGGGAGCAUUUGGCGCUCAGCCACAUCCUCAACAUCUUCAGCAUCAUCUUCGGCGUCGGCGUCGGCACCACCACCACCACCACAACCACAACCACACACCAGCAGCACUAACAACGCUUCUGCGUCGGUAUCGUCAAACUCGACAUCGGUCUCAUCGCCGACCGCCUCAUACGCCAAUUCGACAGCUAGUGGCAGUGCUGUGGCAUUGACCAUCGUCGACGGUCAGAACAGCAGCACUGCUGCAAACAUCAAUACCAAUACCAAUUGUAGCGGCGGCAAUAAUUACUUUUUGGGCGGCAGUGCGCCGGCCGCAGUAGCAGCAGCCGCCACUGCUGCAGCUAUUGUUUACAGCGCUGGUAAUAGUCGAAGCGGCAGCGGUUCGAAUAGCGGCGGUUUUCUGCGCGGUCAUACAAAGACUUUCUUGUUUCAAACGGUCCACGCGAAAGCAGCAAAAACGGGUAGCGGCGUGAGUGCAGUUGCUGGCGAGAGUAGCGCCAUCAUCAAAAUGGACGAGGAGGAUUCCAUGGAUGAGGAAAUGCCUCAAACAUUCCUCAGUUCAUCGGAUGCGGAUGAUGAACCCAUAAAACAACUGCCAAAGGAAAUUCUUUUACGUAUUUUCUCCUACUUGGAUGUGGUGUCUUUAUGCAGAUGUGCACAAGUCUGCAAAUAUUGGAAUGUGCUAGCCUUGGACGGAUCAAGUUGGCAGAAAAUCAAUCUAUUUGAUUUUCAACGUGACAUCGAGGGUCCAGUUAUUGAAAAUAUAUCCCAACGAUGUGGUGGCUUUCUGAAAUUCCUUUCAUUGCGCGGCUGUCAAUCAGUUGUUGAUAAAUCAAUAAGAACAUUAGCGUUUCACUGCCCCAACAUAGAAAACUUGGACUUAUCCGAAUGUAAGAAGAUCACCGAUAUAUCGACACAGUCAAUAAGCAAAAACUGUUCAAGAUUAGCAGCAAUUAAUUUGCAAUCGUGCUCUAAUAUAACUGAUGACAGUUUGAAGUAUAUAUCAGAUGGAUGUCCGAACCUACUUGAAAUCAACAUUUCAUGGUGUAGUUUAAUCUCAGAGAACGGCGUUGAAGCCUUGGCGCGUGGCUGUAAAAAGCUGCGUAAAUUCUGCAGCAAAGGUUGUAAACAGGUCAAUGACAAUGCCAUCUCCUGCCUGGCAAAAUUCUGUCACGAUCUUAUGGUGCUCAAUUUACACAGCUGUGAGUCAGUCACCGAUGCCUCGAUACGACAGAUUGCCGCCAAUUGUCAUAAGUUGCAAAAGCUAUGCGUUUCAAAGUGCGCGGAACUAACUGAUCUCUCCUUAAUGGCACUCUCACAGAAUACUCCGCUACUGAAUACGCUUGAAGCAUCCGGAUGUCGUAAUUUCACAGAUAUCGGUUUUCAGGCACUGGGUAAGAAUUGCAAAUAUUUAGAACGUAUGGAUUUGGAAGAGUGCAAUCAGAUAACCGAUUUGACGUUGGCGCAUUUGGCGACCGGUUGUCCAAGUUUAGAGAAACUGACAUUAUCGCAUUGUGAGCUCAUCACUGACGAUGGAAUACGUCAGCUGGCCGCGGGUAGUUGUGCAGCUGAAAGUUUAUCCGUCCUCGAAUUGGAUAAUUGUCCAUUAAUCACCGAUCGUACAUUAGAGCAUUUAGUAUCUUGUCACAAUUUACAAAGAAUCGAGCUAUUCGACUGCCAAAUGAUAUCGAGAGCAGCAAUACGAAAAUUAAAGAAUCAUCUACCAAAUAUAAAGGUACACGCCUAUUUUGCACCAGUUACACCGCCACCAGUUACCACUGGACAUCGACCACGUUAUUGUCGCUGUUGUGAGAUUCUCUGAGAUUCGGCCAUUGGCUUCGCCAGGAAAUUCCUGUGCAAGGGCCCUACUGACUGAUGUUUGUAUAUAUUUACUAGUACAUUUCUAAUUGUUUUGACGAUCAUAAUGACAUCGCUAACACUCAUGUAUUUCUUCUCAAUGAUUUAUUUUGUUUUUUGAAAAAUGACGAAAAUAUGUUAUAUGUAUUCAUGUAAUAACAAAAUGACAUGUGAAAAAUGCAACAACAAAACCAAGA